CACGCCCUUUGUUUACAAGUGACGCAUGAGCCGAGUCCAAUGCAAUCUAUAAACCGCGGAGUCGUUUACCUUCCGCGCGGCGAGACGGCCGCCAUGUGCGUACAUGCGUGAGCGCAGCGGCUCAUGCGCCCGCCGCCGGCGCACACCAUGCCGCGCUGCCUCGCGCCAGCCACGCUACUGCUGUGCGUCUGCGCCGCCGCCUGGCGUCCUACCACAGACUCUGUCGAGUUCCUUCCGCGCUCUCGGUCACCCCGCCACAUCCACAGCAGGAUUCACCAUCUGCACCUCCUCGGAUGGCACCUCGAAUUACAAGAAAAUAGAGCCAUUCGCUCCCCCUACUACAACGAGUGCAAAUUCUAUAAAGGACGGGUAUUGUAUGAAGACGGAUCGGCGGUUACUGUGACCGAAUGUGGGGGGCAGCUGUAUGGUCUAUUGCAAGUCGACGGUGAGGAUUUUGUCCUCCAACCCACGACCGAACGCUCCGAGGGAAGUCAUGUGUUGCGACGCCGUGAUGUGUUGCUAUCGGAGAGGCCUAUCGCCUACAACCUCACAGGAGAUACGGUCAUCGACCUUGACAUUGACUUCGAGGAUGACCCGCCGUCACCCACGAUGCACGUGCGACCGCGGCACAGUGACCACUUCGACGUUGAACAUUUUCAAAAUGUGCUUCCCGUAUCGAGACCGGUCUCAGGCGCAAAAGGUCUGUGGCUCGAAUUGGCGAUCGUGGCGGACCAUACAAUGGUCAAAUUCCACGGGAGGGAACGGGUGAAACAUUAUAUCCUCGCUAUAAUGAACAUUGUCAGCGCGAUCUUCAACGACCGCUCGCUGGAGUCGAACAUGACUCUCGUUAUCAACAAAUUGUUUCUCUAUGAGGAAAAGGAUUCUGUAAUAAAAUAUGGCAAUGUUAAGAAGUCGCUCGAGGCAGUGAAUAAAUGGAAUUAUAGACAUCUCAUGAAACUGCCGGCAGAUAGCACAGGUUGGGACGCCACACUAUGGCUGACUCGUGCACAACUUGGAGGCCCUUCGGGCUUCGCCCCCGUUGCCGGAGUCUGCUCAAGAACGCGUUCGGCGGCUAUAGACAGGGACGAAGGACUUACUAGCGCAUUUGUCAUCGCUCAUGAGCUGGGACAUUUGUUAGGACUGACUCAUGAUGGGGAAGGUCAGUGUGAGGCAGAAGGUUUAAAAGGAUCUGUGAUGGCACCAACUGUGUUGGCCACUCUUCACAAUUACGCAUGGUCAUCCUGCUCGAGAGCACAGUUCCAUGAAAAGUCCGAGCGCUGGUGGUGUCUUCAACAACGGAGUCAUGAUGAUGGAGUGGUGCUGGGUGGGGCUAAAGAACUUUCCAAUUAUGUCUUCACUAUGGAUGAGCAGUGUCGGACUGAAUUCGGAGAAGGGUUUUCAAUCUGCAAAUCUGUGAAGAUAAAAUCACCGUGUGCGAGGCUUUGGUGUGCCCAUAAGACGAUGCCUCACGUUUGUCGAUCGAAGCGCGCGCCACCUCUCGAAGGAACUCCUUGUGGAGUCAACCAGUGGUGUGUGGACCGCGUGUGCGAAGCCAUGCCAGGCCAUGUCAUCGGCAACAGGAAUGAUACCAAAAGUAUUCCCGAAUGGGGUGACUGGGGAUCGUGGAGUCAAUGCAACGCUGAUUGUGGGUACGGUCUGAGAACAAGGAUCAGACGGUGCUGGUAUAAAGGUUCUAUAUCAGAGAGUGCCUGCGAGGGUGCAGGCUCUCAAGUUGCCACCUGCUGGGCGGGUCAAAGCUGUGCUGCAACUCGAGAUAUAAGGACAGAUGUAUGCUUCCGGCAGGCUAGUUAUCUUAUACCCCAAUUACAUGCAGAUGAAUCAAAACACUGUGAGUCCUGGUGUGUUGAUUACGCGGGUGGUGAGGCUAACAGCUUCGGGGCUUUGCCCGAUGGAACACCGUGCAGCUAUGAUAGACCAUUUGACCUUUGUUUUCAGGGCACAUGUGUGAAAGGUCAAUGCAAUGGCAGUGACCCAGCAUGCAACUGGUGCCCAGAUGGCUACUGCAAUAACAACACUCAUCUCUAUAUACGUCAUCUUGGGAAAGGUUGGACUCGCCUCACUGUAAUCCCUCACGAAGCAACAAAACUAUCGGUGCACAUCACCACCCCCGUCUCUUUAAACAUAGCGAUACGUGAGCGUCGCCGUGAUAGACCAAUACUAGAACUGAGCAAACAUUCUAAACGCUUCGAUAUUGAAACCAAAGAGAACAAAUACCUGAAAUACGAUCCUAACGUACCACAGAAUCUACAAAUAAUAGAAGUAGAUAGCAAUGUCAUAGAUAUUAAAGAUGAGAAAUAUGGUUAUGUGGGCGAAGCUAUUGCGGCCGGAGGGUUGGUGAAGUGGAAUCAGACUGAGAAUGAUGUGUUUAUUACGUCCGAUUCGAGGCUGCAUACAGAUUUGAUGAUUAUGGCUAUACCAGAGCAACCAGCAGUUACAGGAGAUAUAUUAUCCGUUGAAGUGGCUGUCAACUACAGCACCCCAGCCUCUCGGACUCGUCCAAUGGAGUACAGAUGGUCAAGCGAUCGUGGUCCAUGUUCAGUGUCCUGUGGUGGUGGUGUCAGGAUGGUGAGGCCGCGUUGUAGCCGUGGUCAGCAUUGUGGAACGCCGCGCUACGAGCGUUGCAAUACCCACAGUUGCUCGUUUAAAUGGGUGGGGGCCGGAUGGGAGGAGUGCAGUGCCACCUGCGGGGAAAGCGGAGUUCAAGAGAGACAGCUGUUCUGCGUGCCGGUUAACGUCAGUACAACCACGCGUAGAGAGCUGAUACGACGUAGCGUUUCACCAGCGUUAUGUCCACCAACUGUCCCAGCUAAGAUACAGCCAUGCAAUCGGCUGCCUUGUCCUGUUUACUGGCAAGAGAUGCCCUGGACUCAGUGUUCAACAACAUGUGGUCGCGGUGUGUCUAUACGGCCACUUAUGUGUCCAGCAGCAGACGACACACACUGUGGCUCAAAGCCUCGAGAGCGGCGCAGGCGCUGCCGGCUUCGAAGAUGUCCAACAAGGCCCGCUUGUCCAGCUAACGAUACAACGCAAUACUGCGAGCUCUUCACAAAAGACCAGCUAGAACGGAACUGCGUUGUACCACCAUUUAGAAAGUAUUGUUGUAACGCUUGUAGGUCAAUUGAAACUGGUUAAUAUUUUAUCUAAAUAUUAAAAUAUAUUUUAUGAUAGUACCUAAUAUUUUUGAUACAAUAUUGGCAA